AUGGCGAGUGUGGUGGAAGUUAAGGUUGGUUUACACUGUGACGACUGCAUCAAGAAGAUUCUUAAGGCCAUCAAGAAGAUUGAAGAUAUUGAGACGUAUAACGUGGACAAACAGUUGAACAAGGUCAUCGUUACAGGCAAUGUCACAACGGAAGAAGUUAUUAGGGCUCUUCAGAAGAUUGGCAAGAAUGCAACCCCGUGGGAAAAUGCUGAAACCCAACCCAAUUGCUGA